AUGGAAUCAGAACGGCAACGCUUACGCUCAUUAACAAACAUGAUAAAUGAUACAUCAAUUUCAGAGAUGGCUGUUAUCUCAUCAACGAUAUUAUCCCAUGAUUCACUUACUAUUUCUUCUACUGUUGUACCUCUGAAUAUUCCUUUAUCAUCGUCAAGUAUUUCAAAUAAUGUUGAAGAUGAUGAUGUACGGCUAAGUAAAGAGGAAUCAGACAAUUCUAUCGUUCCUCCACAUAUAUACUCAAUAUUCGGGUUAUAUUUUACUGUUGGCCCAGAUUACUAUGAACUGAAACAUCUUGCACGCGGUUCAUACGGUCAUAUUGUGAAAGCUAAACAUGAUCUUUCAAAUAAUAAAACGAUUGAUGUUGCUAUUAAAAGACUUGACAUUAAAGUUCCUAAUCUGUCAGUAAGAGAAAAAAUUUCAUAUUACAAAGAUAUUUAUCAAGAAAUAUUUAUUCCAAGUCAAUUAGAUGAACAUGAAAAUCUUAUGAAAAUUGAUGAUAUUAUUGUGCCAUCUCAGUCUUUCAAACAUUUAAAAGAAAUAUAUUUAGUACAAAAAUUAAUGGAUGAAGAUUUAUGUAAAGUAAUAAAAACUCGACAAACAUUAAAUGUUAAAUACAUCAUGUAUAAAAUAAUCUCAGGAAUCCGAUUUAUUCAUUCAGCAAAUGUUGUGCAUCGCGAUUUAACACCAAAUAAUAUUCUUAUUAAAAAGGAUGAAUUAUUCAUUAGUGAUUUUGGCUUUGCCACAGCUGGUAGAAUCAUAUUUGAUGAUUUAGAAGGUGACUGGUGUUAUCCAAUGUCUGAAGAAAUGAAUAAUCAAGUCGGUACCAGAGGUUAUAGGGCACCAGAAUUACUGUUAGCUUGUCCAUAUUAUACUAAAGCCGUUGACAUGUGGUCUGUGGGAUGCAUAUUUGGCGAAAUGUUAUCUAAAUGCAAAAUAUUUCAUUCUUAUCAUGAUUUACCGAAUCUUAGAGAAAUAUUUGAAUUAAUUGGAUGGCCUGUAUCAAACGAAGAUUUAGAAUGGUUACCCGAUCAUUCUCGUCAAUAUAUCACGAAGCACUUCAACAAUAAUCCCCCACAAUUACGUUCAUUCGAAGAAUUAUUUCCUUCCUCUCCACCAGAUGAUGAUGCAUUAGAUUUACUAACAAAUUUAUUAAAAUUUAAUCCCUACAAACGGCUAACGGCUGAGCAAGCAAUAUUACAUCCAUAUUUUCAAAUAUAUAACAACAACAAUCCAACACCAACCUCUAAUAAACUACUGUGGAUUGAAUUAGAUCAUCUGAACACUGUAGAUGAUGUAAAAAAGUUUUUAUUUGACGAAGCCAUAAAUAUUCGAACACGACUACAUUCGCAGAAGUCUAUCACUGGAAGAAAAAAUGAAAUUGAAAAUUGA